CUUGGCAGGUAAGCCUCGAGGUUGAUCGGGGUAGGAAGACGGAAGCUCGGCGCAAUCGAAGGAAUCGAUACAAUGGUUCCUAUAUCUCCAAUAAUACGAUGAUCAAAAAUUCAACACCAAUCGAGACUGGUAAUUACCUCCUCACUUGGCGAUAUGCAGGUGCGGUGCUAUCGGACAAUUGUACGAUGUUCGGACCACCCUUCACGGCCUCCGUCCUAUCUCCCGGACUGAACGCCAAUCACCAACAGCAAUGCAUAAGAUAUCGAUACCGGAUGACAGGCUGAUAGUCCCAUAUUACACCAGAU